GCCGCGGCGGGAGCCCAUAUCUGCCAGGUUCUCGGACGCGCGCUGUGUUGGGUGUCCAGCUCCGUCUGAUCGCCUGCUCCGGUCAGUCCGCCCCGCGUCGCAGCCCGCGUCCUGCAGACCCUAGGUGCUCGAGUUGGGGGGACUGCGUUCCCCGGGUUCUGCAGCGGAUUUCCCGGCGGCUGCUUGCGGAGAUGCCUGGAAAGAGGGCUCGUAAGAGCGCGCAGCCGAGCCCUACGCGGGUCCCGGCAGAUCCUGAAGCUGAGUGCGCCAUUCAGCUUAGGAGAAUUGGAGACAAACUGAAUUUCCGGCAGAAACUUCUGAAUCUGAUAUCCAAACUCUUCCGCUCAGGAACAUGAUUUUAGAAGCCUUCGAAUGAGGAGACUCCUUUAAAGCCGAAGAUUUCCCAGUAGUAGGUGCAGAUUUCAUCGAUUAGAGGAGAGACUGCCUUGUAGUGGAGAAGAGUGUGAAGGAGCUCUCACUUGCUCUCGGAUAAAGAUGGAUUUCUGUUGGUUUCCCGGAAGUCAUUCUUUGGGAUGUGAGAACAUUAUCAAAUCACUUUGUUUAUUUCAAAGCAAGAAUGGAAUUGCUUUGAAAAUAAGGAAUUCAUUAUUUACAAAUUUUGGUUUUUUGCUUAGAGACUUGUUCCGCUAUUUUUGCGGAAGGUUGCUGCCCAGCCGAAUGUAAGAGGAGUUGACAAAGGCUUAGACUGUAGACAGGGCCAAGAAUAGAAUACGUUCAAUGUUUCUUUCUGCUUCUGGAAUGACCACUCCAUAACAAUGUAUAAUAUUUGGUUUAUAUAUGUUAUCUUGUUAAAAGUAAACAUUUGUUUUCUGAGAACACUGAAUGUCAUAGUGAAUGUUGAUUUCCUAGGUCACUACAAAAUAGAAAAUAAUUUGCUAUAAGAUAGAAAAUAAUUCUGUAGUUUCUUUACUCAAAAUGUAUUGUUUCUAUUCAGAUGAACUUUCACUAAAUGUGUUCCUAUAGACCUUAACUGGGAAGCUAUAUACUUUGAAAAAAAUUUGAUAGAAGUGUUACUUGGUGGCAGUAAAAUUCUCACAGGUUGAAUAUGAAAAGAUAGCAUGAGGGUUUUGCAUAACCAGGAAUAAUGACAAAAAAAAGUGAGGUUUUUUUUUUUUACUGCUGUAAUUAAAACUUAGUAAAACAACUAUUCUAAAGUAACUGUUGGUAAGAAAAUGAAUGUUUCUAAAGUUUUUAAAAUCUGUAAAAUGCCCUUUCUCAUACUAGUCAGAAUGCAUUGUAUAAGAGUAAUCUUUCAAGAGAAAUUAAGCAUGUUUUUCAUAAUUGGGGUUGUAUAUAUAUAUGUAUAUUUAAAGGAACAGAUUGCUCGCUCAUAAUGAAAAUCCCAUUUACAUACAUAUAUGUCUUUAGAGUAAUAUGUAGAUUCUGAGAAGGGUUUCAUGAAUUUGAUUUAUUAUUAUUAUUAUUAUUAUCAAAAGGCCAAGUUGUCAAUAAAGUCCCCAAAUAUACAGAAAAGAAAUAAUAAUGUCAGGAUUGAAUUUCAGCAGGGCUAAUCUUAUUUAUUUUACCUAUUUAUAAUUAAGAUAUUUUUUCGUUAGUUUGAAAAUGUGUAUUAGUUCCAUUUUGGGGUUUUUAACUACUUGAACUCUUACAGUAAGAAUGUUUUAACAUAGCCUAUAGUCACUUUAGAUGAAAAAUUACCUCAGCAUCUCUUUCUUCAGUAUUACUUAAAGCUAUUAGUUUAUUUAGUUGCAAAGAUUUCUUUUCUUUAGUCUGCCUAGAGGCAGAGAUUUUGCUAUGUGGAUAUUUAUGGUCUGUAACUGUAUUUAUACAUAUAUAUAUUACAUAUAAAAGUUGAUGCUGUAGCUCUAAACUAUUAAAAAUUACCACCAUUCA